GCAUCGUAAUCGAGGGUGGGGGAAAUGGAAAUCACGACAGAAUGACGUGAGGGAGGAGGUGGUGGAGGAGGAGGAGGACGGAGGCAGCUGCUGCCUCCCAGUCGCUUUCCAGUCUUCAUCACACAAACUCUGGUGUUUGGAGCUGAGGAGAACCCACCGGACAACAAAGGGGCUCAGGGGUCCCACAUUUCUCACAUCUGCGGGGUUUUAACGCAUCAGUCAAGCUGGAGGUGACCACCACAGAGGCGCUGAUUACGCGCGUGGACAGCACCGCCGUUCUCGUGAGCCUCGGUACCGAGAUGGAGCAUUUCGACGAGCGGGACAAAGGUCAGAGGCACGGCCGCUCCACGGCCAAGAUCAACGGGGUACCGAGCCCCACGCACAGCGCCCACUGCAGCCUGUACCGGACCCGGACCCUGAAGACCCUGAGCGCCGAGAAGAGAGCCAAGAAGGUUCGCUUCUACCGCAAUGGCGACCGGUACUUUAACGGGAUCGUGUACGCCAUCUCGGCGGACAGGUUUCGGACCUUCGACGCCCUGCUGGCGGACCUGACGCGCUCCCUGUCGGACAACGUCAACCUGCCCCAGGGGGUUCGAACCAUCUACGCUCUGGACGGUUCCAAGAAGAUCAGCAGCGUUGAGCAGCUGGUGGAAGGUGGCAGCUAUGUGUGCAGCUCCACCGAGGCCUACAAGAAGCUCGACUACGCCAAGAACGUCAACCCCAACUGGUCAGUCAAUGUCAAGGCCUCGUCGACCUCGUCCCGCGGCCCUCCCUCCCUGAGCAGCUCCAAGACCGGCGGCGCCCCUGACGGGCGCGAAUGCAAGGACUUCAUCCGGCCCAAGCUGGUCACAGUGGUGCGGAGUGGAGUUAAGCCUCGCAAAGCCGUGAGGAUCUUACUGAACAAGAAGACCGCUCAUUCCUACGAGCAGGUCCUGACUGACAUUACAGAUGCCAUCAAGCUGGACUCUGGGGUGGUGAAGAAGAUCUACACGUUGGAGGGCAAACUGGUGUCAUGCCUGCAGGACUUCUUUGGAGAUGAGGACAUUUUUGUGGCUUGUGGACCCGAGAAGUUCCGCUACCAAGAUGACUUGAUGCUGGAUGAGAGCGAGUGCCGUAUGAUGAAGUCAGUUACCUACGGGAAGAUGUCGGGCUCUCUGAACCGCUUCUCCCCGAGGACCAGCAUCCAAUCACGUCGCAGCAAGUCCCCAGCAGCAGUAUCAACCAUGAAUGGGAUGCCGGCCAGUCAGCAGUCGACUCCUCAUUCCGGAAAAUCUCCCAGCCCCUCUCCGACCAGCCCGGGGAGCCUCAGCCAACGCCGGUCAAACAUUCACACACAAUCAGCCAGUAGCCUCUUAGUAACACUCGUCAGCAGCAGCAGGGAUGAGGAAGAUGGAGGGUCGAUGGAGGUUUUAGAAGAGGGUUGGUCAGUGCCAUCCUACAUAUCAGACCGCUACAAGGUGGGCCGGAUGUUAGGAGAUGGAAACUUUGCCGUCGUACGGGAAUGUGUGGAGCUCUCCACCGGACGGGAGUACGCGCUGAAGAUCAUCAACAAGGGCAAGUGCAGAGGCAAGGAACACAUGAUCCAGAAUGAAGUGGCGAUCCUCCGCCGGGUCAAACAUCCAAACAUCGUCUUACUCAUAGAGGAGGUGGACACUUACAACGAGCUUUACCUGGUCAUGGAACUCGUCAAGGGGGGAGAUCUGUUCGAUGCCAUCACCUCUGCCAACCGAUACACCGAGAGAGAUGCAAGCGGCAUGCUCCACAAUUUGGCCAGUGCCAUCAAAUACCUCCACAGCCUGAAUAUUGUGCACAGAGACAUCAAACCAGAGAACCUGCUGGUGUAUGAGCACGCUGACGGCAGCAAAAGCCUGAAACUGGGAGACUUCGGUUUGGCGACCGUGGUCGAUGGACCCCUCUACACCGUCUGUGGGACCCCAACAUAUGUAGCACCUGAAAUUAUUUCAGAAACUGGGUAUGGCCUUAAAGUGGACAUCUGGGCAGCUGGAGUCAUCACAUACAUCCUACUGUGUGGUUUCCCACCAUUCCGAGGGAGCAGCGAGGAUCAAGAAGCCCUUUUUGAUCAGAUUCUGAUGGGCCAACUAGAAUUUCCUUUUCCGUACUGGGAUAACGUCUCAGAGACCGCCAAGGAGCUGAUCCGAUCCAUGCUGGAGGUGGAAGUGGAUCAGAGAUACACCGCCCUUCAGGUGCUGGAGCACCCGUGGGUCACUAAUGAAGGUCUAUGCGAGAACGAGCACCAGCUGUCAGUAGCAGGGAAGAUUAAGAAGCACUUCAACACUAAUCCGAAGGUCAACGACACCACUGCAGGCGUGUCAGUCAUUUCUUUGGAUGACAGCUUUUCUAUGCAGAGAUCCGGGUCGUUGGAUUUCUACCAGCACCCGGCCAUGUAUUGGAUAAGGCCACCCCUUUUGAUAAGGAGAGGCAGGUUCUCAGACGAGGAUGCCACUCGGAUGUGAAAUGGCGCCCUUCGCGAACGAUCCAGGCUGUGAAUACAGAGAAGACAACAAAAACCCAACAUGUGGAGCCUCCCCACUGCCUCCCUGGCCUUCCUGCCCCGUUCCUCUCUCCGACCCCUCACACUUGCUCCGAUCCCUCUCUAGACCACAGCUCCCCAUCGGACUCGGAUGACAUCUCCAUCGGCUCAGUCAGCACCAUCAACUCCCCCAACUCACCUUUUUAAAAGGAGGAUGCGGCGGGGAGGAGGAGGAGAAGAAACAUUCAUCAUCCAGGAGCUGGAAACACUGGAAAACUGUGGCAGGGAGAUCGAAAAAAAAAAGAAAUCUGUGAAUUUAAACAACAAAUUUUGCCUAAAACCAUUUUCCCAAAGCUGGAAAACAGAUUGUUGGUGCAAGAGAAAAAAAAUAAUAUAAACACUACGAAGAGGGAAAAUGCUAAGUGAGGUGGAAGACUUUUCAUUUUUUGAAUAUUCUCUCAUCUGAGCACAUGUUACAGAGCUCAAGGAGCAAGAAAGGUCAACAACACUGUUGACCUUUAAGUGAUGAUUCGGGCUAAACAUGGAACCUUCCUCCAGACUGAACAGCUCUUCGAGGCAAUACGAGAAUAUGGACCAAUGUUCAUGUUUUAUUGAACCUUAUUUAUUCAUACUUUAUUCACUGCAUUUUUUAAAAAAUAUGUAUCUCCCUUUUUUAUUAGAAAAUGUUUGUUGUGUUGCGAGUAUGAUAGGAAGUAAGAAGUAAUAGAUCAAAGGUUGUGGUAGACUUUAUGAAUGAAGUAAGAUUGCAAAAUCAGAGCUAAAAGGAAGAGGAAUAAAACAGUUCUGACUCUUGUUCACAUAUUGCUGACGUUGCCUUUCUGGAACACUGAAUCGCAGUACUACAGCUUUCAGUUUACAGACUGCUAUUCAGACAAUAAUGGUGCAUUUUAUUUCCACUUAAAAAGCUUUGUUAUCUGCAGCUCUGAUGGCUUGUUACACUAAACCCCAGCAGCAUCUGGGUGCUUGUAGCAGACUUAACAUGUUUUCCUCAACGCACAUGUUCUCAUAACCACUCUGCUCAAGACUCCUCAUUUUUGCCAAAUCAACAUUGACAUUUUCCAGCAUAGAAAGGUUACCACAACAGUUUAGGAAUAUGGGGACAUUUUUAUACAAAUAAAUAAGACGGAGAGGGUGCGAAUAUCUGAAAACCAGCAGCACUUGUUCAAAGAGUUGAAAGGUCGUAGGAGGGUUGAUUUCUGCUCUGUACAACCUCAUUUAUGACUUCAUUUUUCAGAUGAACGCAUGACAGACAUACAGUAGCCUAUUCUUAUGAGACAAAAGUGAUGAAGAAUUCUUUAUAUGUUAUGUAAAUAACAAUUUUAUUUUUUUGAUAGUUCUUAAAACAGUAUAUUUAUUUACUAGUUUUUGUCUAUGACAGCUGUAAAAAAGUGUAACAGGGAGUAGGAGUUAAAAAAAAUGCUUAUAUUGCGAUUGGCAUUGAGAACAAUGGGAUUUCUGACAGCUAAUAGGAUGUUUGACUAAGAAAAAUGAAGACCAGAUCUAAUUUUUUUUUCUUGUUUCGGAUCUAGCUGAAGUUGUCUCUCUUUCCUCUGCUUCUGGUCACACGAUGACGUGUUGCAGAGCAGAAUUAAUUUGUUGUGCUGUUCAAGUCCACACUCUCUAGCACAAGUGGUUUACCAAAGUGCUCUCACAGCUGCACCGCCACAUUACAGUUUGUUCCAAAUGCUGAUACCUGUACCUCUGUUUAAAUACCCUGUCAAUAACAAUAGAAAUAAUAAAUACAUGGUGAAAAAACA